AUGAAUACUAAACGAUUCGAAGCGAUAAAUGGCAAGCUGCACAAUGCAGGAGCAUUUGAAGAAAUAGAAAACCAUCCAGCAAAUGGUAAUACCAACUGUGCAGCUCAUCCUGAACAUCCGCGGGCGCACGAUUUGGCAACAAUUGUCUUGGAUCAUGAUCAUUCUUAUUCAUCAAUCAACACUCUUAAUCCUGGUGAUCCCAUUCCAUCAACAUCAUCUUCCGAUCCAGUUACAAAUAACCAAGGAGAGUCAGUUUCUGGUCAGCUAGCGGCUUUAGCAGGUGAAAUAAGAUGCCUGAGAGAAGGUCAAGAAUACCUUCUGACCACUUUUGAAUAUGCCAUGGAGACUGUGAACACUCACCGGCCAAUUUCGUCAUUCAAAGUGCAAACAAUGAAGUCCAGAGAGGAACUACAAAAUUUUGACGCACAAUUAUCCGAUGCGGAAUUUAUGAAAAAAGUCGUAAGCUUCAUCAAAACGGAGACCGGGGAACACCGACAAAUGUAUAUCAUGCACAAGGCGAUUGAUAUUUUAUUUUCUCCAGAAUUAAUGGCAGCGUGCAGUUGGAGUGGAGUCGGUAUUCCCCAUCCUAAAAUUGCUUUUAAACCGUUCCGAAACAUCCUACAGUUGUUUUCCGUUUUAGGAGCUAGUGGUGGCGAUACACUUCCUGCGUAUAAAGUGAUGGAAUAUUUUAAAGGAAAAUUUUACCAUGCGAAGCAGAGAUUGAAUACCUUUAAAAAUGUUCGCGCAUCAGCUCCACGGUCAAUAAGGUCCUAUAAUAGGCUCGCACUCCAAAACAUUGUAAACAAUAGUACAACUUAA